AUGGAGUCGCUGCAGCCAGAGCAAAUCUUGAGCAGUGGGGCCUUGGUCCUGGUCCUUGAUGUACCCGUGGGAUCAGAGUUUGGUAUUGAUUACAAAUCAUGGCACACGGCAGCACGCUUCAAAGGGGUCAAACUCGUUCCCGCCGGCGUUCACUACGUCUUCUGCAGUGCGCGGCAGAGCCGAAGCGAGCACGGCCAACACUUGGGACCACGCAUCGGCUACUUUGUCCACACAGCGCCAGGCGACGUGCUCAUUUUCAAGUGGGACCCAACUGAAGAGCACAUUGUCAACACACACGCUGACGCCGACCAGCAACAGCGCGUGCGCGAUGAUUACGUUGGCCUCGACCCCUACCUCGCUGCCUACCCGCUCGAAGAAACCCUGUCCACAUGGAUCUCCCUGACCUCGAAAAUCACUCGCGCCACUCUGGCACGUUUGCAACCCACCUGCGAAUACAUCAGCUCGGCCACCGAGCUCGAAGGCGCGCAGGUCUUGACCAGCCGCCGCAGCGACCGACCCGACCAAGCCGCUGCUGGCACCGAGGAACAACCCGCCACACCCGCUCAAUCCAUCUUCGAAACCCACAAAGAUGCUUGGCGUGACAUGCGUCCGGCCUCGACCGUACAGAUUCCCUUUGUUCAAGUACCCCGCCGCCUCUUUCCACCUGGAGCCACCCCGGCCCAGGUGACCCAACACAGUCUCGACCGCUCCUACACCCUCCAGCAAGUGCUCACGUCCCACUUUGCCCACGACCCCAACGAGCUGCUUGCUGAGCUCCAGUAUGCCUUUGUCUGCUUCCUUGUGGGCCAAGUAUACGAGGCGUUUGAAACUUGGAAGCAGCUCGUCGCGCUUCUCUGCAACUCGGGUCAAGCCAUUGCAGAUCACCCGCAACUCUACAUUGACUUCAUGGGCGUCCUGCACUAUCAACUCAAAGAAACCCCCAGCGACUUUUUUUUCGAUAUCGUGGCGAGCAACAAUUUUCUAGUGCACGCCCUCGAAGCCUUCUUCGCCCAUGCCGAGCACACCGACAACGUGGCCCAGCACGUCCGAACCCACGCACACCAAUUCAAAAGUUGGAACUUUGACGACGAGGACGAUGGAGAUGGGCCCGUAGUUGUAGAAACCUGA